AUGUUUGGAUUAGGAGGCACCGCUACACCACAAAUUUCAUCCCAGGCUAAACUUGCCGCUGCCGAGGCCGAGUUGGACAUGGUGACCGGAAUGUUCAACUCUCUUGUUUCACAAUGCCACAAUAAAUGCAUAAACAAGUCUUACAACGAGAGUGAUAUCACCAAGCAAGAAAGCUUGUGUCUUGAUAGAUGUGUUGCUAAAUACUUUGAGACCAAUGUGCAAGUUGGUGAGAACAUGCAAAAAUUGGGUCAAAGCGGGCAAUUUAUGGGAAGAAGAUAA